GACUUCAUCAACCGACACUCGACAGGCGACACAUUGAAUCAUUGAUCAUGUUGAUAAAAAUUUUAAAAAAUGAAAAAAUACCAACCUUGCUUUCGAACAGGCAUAUUCACUGGAAAAUCCACCGUUGAUGAGAAGAAAUUUCACAGAAGUGUAAGAAAAUCCAAAAUUAAUCCACAAAUUCAGGCCAGAUAGAUGCUAGCUGAGCUGAGCCUUGUCAACAUUCAACAGUUUGCCAGUAUUUAGCGUUCAACGAAGUCUGAUGCGAUUUCCAGCCGAGUCCAGCGGGGUUGAAACAGUGACGACUGCCUACGCCUUUCGUGGGAGUGGCUUCACUUUCAUGAGGACGAUAGUCCGCCUUAAAUAUCCAGAAAAUCAGCGUUAAAAUCCAGAAUAUGGAAAGAUAUCCGUGCACAUAUGACAGCAGAUUAUAAUGAUGAUGAAUGAAAUAGAUUAAAUAACAAAGUUUUCACAAAAACUGCAAAGGCAAUCGCUUGUUGUUAUUUACACUCAGAACGUGAAAUUGCUCAAAUGACAAUAUGGCGACCUUGUAAUUGAGCGAUCACGUGACUCCUUUGACCUGGGGGAAUUUCCGCAUAUUUUUGUUCCUCGGAAUUGGUAUUAAGGAAACCGAUUCACCAAUUCUGUUAAAGGUAUUUGGGUCGAAGACUGGCCUGUUAUUGAUAUGACAACCAUACCCCAGCAGCAGAAGGAAUCUCAGGAGGUCAUCUCUGUGUCGGCAGCACUGAAGGAACAGUAUGAUGCCAUCAGGGCGCUUGGAAGUCAGAAAGCAUGGCCAUUCCAGACCGGCAACCCUCUAGUGGCCUUCAACACCGGUCUUGUUGGCCUGGUGUCCAACUCCUUCUUCCGCCGGAUGCUGAUGGUCCGACGUGGUCUCUUCCUCUCUAGCUUGCCCAUGGCCGCCAUACCGGGCAUCACCAUGACACUCGUCUACCCUAUGGUCAUCAGUACCCCGAUACUGGUAGGGGACAUUCAGUGCCCUCUCUGUGCUUCGCUACGGGCAGGAGCAUUGGGGCUGACAUUAGGUUCUGUAUUCCCUUUCCUCCUAUCCAUCCCCCUCAACUCGGCUCUCGCCAUCAGCUACGGUACCAUGGAAGUCCCCAUGUUCUCCAAGAAGACAAGCUUCAGUGAGGCCCUCAAGUUCUGGCAGAAGAAGAUCCGCUACUUCAAAGGCCAGUUCAUCAGCAUAGCCAUCUUCCAGACUCUGAUGUUUGCGUUCGUGGCCGACAGGCAGUUCACGUUGGCGCACACAGAACUGGAUGUGCAGUUUGUGAAGGCGUCAAGGUGAUGAAUGCCCUUCUUUCGUCACGUUCUACAAUUCUGGAAAGAUUAUCUUUGUAAAGAAUGUGGUUAGGGAGGUACCUGUGUGUGAACUGCCUGAUGACUAGUCAAAAGCUCUUCUUUCGAAGAUGAUUUGAAUAAGGACCAGUAAAUUUGAAAAAUCACUUGAAAUUUACUUGUCCAAUAGUGAUUUUACUGGUCUUCAACCAUCGGACUGGCUGGGACAACUGUCGAUCUUGCGUGAUAGGUUUGAACAAUCCAUUGACCUCUGUCUGGAAUGCAUUUUAGUACAAAAGUGUGUAGACUUUUCUUUUCAGGUCUGGUGAAAGCCACUUGGUCUAAUAUCACUUUUCAAAUACCUGUUUGGUCCAGUCCCAUUUCUUCUCAAGUCAUCUUGUUUGCCAAAUAUUUGGUCCAUUUACAAUUUUGCUGAAUUUCCACAUGCUAUGACCAUUUUGUCCAAAACCCAUUUGGUCUAUCAGAUUUCAGUACAUAUCUGGUUUUAAGAUAAACAGGAAAGGGUUUUAAUGGUUGCUAGGGCAAGUUAUAAGUAAUUACAAUUAGACCACAUUGAUUAUUAAAGGUCACCCAAAAAUGACAAGUUUGUAUUUGAUUGAAUGAUGGUUAUACCAAAUUACAAUGAGAUCAAAUUAUUAACAGAAGUAUUUGAAAAGAUCUGAGACUGUUUUAGAGAGCUGUACAUGUAAGUUAUGCAUGAUGACUAGAACAUGUUCUUGGGUGCUAAAUUAAAUUCACAAUCAUAUAAAGGUAAAAUCCAAUCUUUAUAGAUUAAGAAAUACUCUGUGUUCACAACCAUUUGAAUUUAAAAUUUAUUAUUUAUCAAGAGAUGAUUAAUAUAGUAAAUUCAGUCCCAUUAUUCCUGAAAUAGCAGGGAGAAUUUACGGUGUCUCAUUUAUCAUAAUAACUGAUUCCAGUCCCUCGCAAAGACAUGCAUAACUUGUAGAAACUGCUUUGUGAGACACCCUCUUAGAACUAUACCAUCUGGUGGGUGUUUCAUAAAGAUGUUCGUAAGAUAAGAGCGACUUUAAGAACGACUGAUGAUCCUUUCUUUUGGUAAAUGGUAUACUCCAUUGGCGAUGGUUUGGCACGUAAGAAAGGUUCACCAGUCGUUCUUAAAGUCGCUCUUAACUUACGAACAGCUUUAUGAAACGGCCCCCAGGUGGGUUUAUCAUAAAGCUGCUCAAGUUGCAAGCGACUUUAUGAACGACUGGUGAUCCUUUCUUUUGGUAAACGAUACACUGCAUAUUUUCAUUGGUGUUGAUUUAGUUUCUUAGAAGGGGUCGCCAGUCGUUCGUAAAGUCAUUCGUUAUUAACGAACAGCUUUAUGAAACGCCCAUCAGGUAAAAGAUCAAAUAGCUGAAAACCAUGUGACAGACACAGGAGGGUGGUGCAAGGAUAUUUGUAAUCGAUUGCAAAAAAUAUGAAUUACAAGUUAAGAACUAUUUCAUCUUUAUCAUAUCAGUUUACAUAUGAUACUGCAAAAAGCAGACCACCAAUCAAUAGCAAAUUAUGAAUAAUUUAUGAUUGAAUAAAGGCCUCCGCGCACCUAAGUUACAACUGGUUGACUUUGGAACAAAUCGCAAUUUGCUUAUUUUCUGAAAAUGUGAAUGAAAAGUAUCUUUUAAUUUGAGGUUCAAAUUAACUCUAAGAAUACCUGUACUAAUAUAACAAUAUUGGAUGAUUGCAAGCAUUUAUUUUGGAGUAAAGGCACAAUUGGUUUAAAAUCGUAGCCAAUCGUACGAUUGCUAUGAAGUCAUUACGACUGGAUAUUCAAUUUGCUUUUGUUCGAAUAAGGAUGGUAACAUAGUCACAGAUUGAAAGGCAAAUAUUCGUACAACGAUUUAGAACUUUACAAAUCCAGUAAGAUAUUCCAUGUCAAAAUUUGCUUCAAAUUUUACUCUGAUUUAUUCCCAAAUCGGGUCGCAGACCAAUUGUAAGGUGUGCGGUGGCCUUACGGGACAUAAGUUUACAUACAAUAGUUCACAAAUAUAAAUUGCAAGUUUGAAUUCAUAGAUUGAUUACAACUGUAUAAUUCAUUUCUUUUGCAAGAAAGAAACCCAAAUUCAAAUGCAAAUUUUAAAUUAAUCAAAUGUGAGAUGUAAUCAUUGUGAUUGAACUUGGGGGCUAAAAUUUCCCUUUAAUCAAUUUCAUAUAUUGAUUGUAAUUUAGACUUUAUGGGGCAAAGUUUUUCUACUUUAUUGCAAUUCCCUGUAAAGUCUAAAUUUAUUGUUGCAUUGUAGAACUCUACUAGAUGAUCUACAUGUAUAUUUUGUAUGUUUACAGCUCAAAGAGCAAACAAUGUCUACAAAUACUCUGUAUUUGAAAUAUGACUAUUAAAUCAUAUUGAAUCAA